CUUUGUCUUUAAUUUUGCAUGCUGAUCAUCCGAACUUUGUUUUGUUUUUUUUUUCUUUUCCUCCUUCUUUUAUGCUUGUUGGCUGUGUCUCUGGACUGCUUUUAUUCGUGAUUAUCAGUGGUCAUUGGAGUUUUGUGACUCCAGCGUUUUCCAGCUUAUGGAUUCUCUUUAAUUACUUUGCUUGGCUCAUGGGUUUUAAUUAUUUCUUACUCUGUCUCUUUGAUAGUUUUGUUAUUGUAGAAUUGUUGAUGAAUUUGUAAACUUUUCAGUAAUCUGACUACAGCUGAUUAUGACAUUCUCAGUAGGAGGUGAAGGAACAACAACUUCCAUAUCUAAAAGCAGAAUACUGCCAAGUUGUUUUUGUUGAUGCGGUAAACAGAAAGUAAAAGCUAUGGCCUGGAUGCAAAAUAUGUACAGGAAGUUUGAAGCUAUGUGUUUGGAGUUGGAUUGCAUCUUGGAGCAGGAAGGGUUGGAAUAUGUGAACCAAUUGCAGACAACAGGUGCCAAUGUCAAGCAAUUUUGCUCAGAAAUCAUGCGAGAAGUGCUGCCUAAGCCUGCUGAGGAUACCGUGGAUGGUGUAGCUAGUGACUCUUGCCAAAUGAAAAACACUGAGGUGGAUAAAAUGUCAAAAGAAGGUAUUGCCCAAGACCAUUAUGAUACGGAACCUUGCAAUUUGAGGCAACCGCUUUGUUCAUUUUCUGUUGAACCUAUCAAGGCCACAAAGGAUGAUCUGUCUUUGGAGGAAAUGGUUGUUGCUGAGAUACAUGAAAAAUUAGUGUCACGUUUUAAGGAAAUUCAUUCCGAGGGAAAGCAAGUUCAGCCGGAGAAGUUAGAUACCCCAGAAGAGAAAGAUCUGAGCAUUGCAGUGUUAUCCUCAACAUCUUAUGAUCUACUAGAAAGUAACUCUCUCACAGAAGUAAUUCCAAUAGACAAGCCAUCUUCAAAAUCUGUUAAUUUGGUUUAUUCCAACGAAAGCAAGGUUCCAGAAUUGGGAUUUACUUCCAGUGAAACCUCAGCUGAAUCAAUCAGACAAUUAGACAACUCUACUGAAGAUGCUGCCAAGCUGGGGUUAUCGUGUUCAUGUACAGUGAAGCUUGAUGGGAGUUGCUUUAUAAUAUAUUGUAAUGAACUUUCUUCUGUUUCCUUUGAAGCAGGACAACUUUGGUCUUCCAAGGAAAGGACAGCGAAUCAAGUUUUCAAUCAGGGACCAGCUCAGUACAGAAAUCUCGGUCCAGAAUCGAGUCAUCGGAGAGAAGGUUUUGCAUCAUCUUUUAUUACCACACCUGAUGACAGUUUCCCUGAUUCCGAGUGGGUGAUAGUCUAGAUAUAUUAACAUAUGAUGAACUCGGUAACUUGAAGUGAUUAUGUUGUCUAACUCGUGCACAUAAGAGAUGGAAAUAUCUCUCGUUUCAGAUGCUUUGAUUGAAUUCGGCUAGUACAUUCCUGAUAAUUUGUAUAGAGGUCGAGAGAGAUUUCGGUCCCUUCAAAACUCGAGUGAGUCCAUCGUUGUCUAAGCAAUGGAACCAUUUACUUGUGAAUAAAUAGUAUUGCAGCACCGUGUUGAUGUUUUUUUCAUGAUUGCAGGGCUCUGUGCAAUGUCUCUGGUUCGAGAAAAGUAGUGACUGUAGUUGGCUUCCUAUUGUCGAAGGAAAAUGUUAUAUUUUUUGCCUUUU